AUCGAGGAAUUAGUUCUUAGCAGAAAGUCGCUAUAGGCAUUGGUAAAAAAAGACCCGGUACUAGGAUGAAAUAUAAUUUUGCAGAUUCUGCCUUGCAGAUUCAAUUGAUAACAGUACUACUAGUGCUCGUGGUCAAAAUCAAUGGCGCUGCUUUGAACGCCAGCAACUAUCAGUACCAACUGGCGGAGCGUGGAACACCAGCUCCGGAUCUCCAGAUCGUGGACAUUAUACUCAAAGACCAGACCAUGUUCCGAGCCUGGGGCACCAACCUCACGGCCAUUACCUGGGCCCAUGCGGUCAACAACCAACAACUGCUGGACGAGGCCCUUUCAGGCGACAUUGACUUCAUCGAGGCGGACAUAUCUCUGGGAAAACUGAACGGAGAAGGCGAUGACCUGCCGGUGAUGGCCCAUCCGCCGGCCAACAUAUCCGAUCUCACACUGGCCGAGUUCCUCAAUCAAAUCAUGGAGUUCAACCGGGAGCACGAGGGCCAUGAGAAAGGCAUCAAGCUGGACUUUAAAUCCAUCGAAGUCUUCGAGGGCUCCCUGGAUAUUCUGGACGCCAACAUUCCAAACAUGGACUAUCCAAUUUGGAUAAACGCUGAUAUACUGAGUGGACCUGUAGACCAAAACAAAACUGUUCCGGUAGACCCGGAUCGGUUCUUCGCCGGCUGCAAUCGCUACAAGCAGGCGGUGCUCUCCAUCGGCUGGACCACUAACUGGGGCGCCGACUUUGUGGAGGGGGAGUACACGGAGGAUCACUGCCAGGCCAUGCUCGACACUCUGACCCAAAACAAUGUCUUGUUCACCGGCCAAAGCAUCACCUUCCCCGUCAGAGCGGGUAUCGCCGCCAAUAGUGAGGAGCAACUCCACAAACUGGUAGCGUCAGUGAAUGGAACAAAUGAGAGCACCUUGACUGUCUGGUCAUCGGCCGGCGACUACGUGGAUGUGGACAAGCUGCGGAAGCUGAUCCUGGGCUUUGGAGUGUCGCGGGUGUAUCUUGAUGUGCCGGAGGAACUGUCAGCGGAACUGGACCUGGGAAACACCCGAAACGGCGCCAGUACUUACAAAUCCCUGUUUGGUUUCGGAUUCGUCAGUCUGUGCUUCUGGGCGGUCUCCAGCUGGCUGAAGCGAUUCUAAAGUGGAGUUCUUGAUUCGAUUUUGAUACAAUUUUGUAUAACUUGUUGCCAGUUUUCAGGGGUUUUAAAUAAUUACGCAACAUGUUCAUUAUUUUGGUUGGAAUAAAUACGAAAUGUGAAAUUUA